AUGACCUUCUUCGUGGACCUCACACUCAGCGACGACGAUGCACCCGCUUCCCUUGCCGCGCCUGCAUCCGGCCGCGCCCCCACGCCAGACAGCGACGUGGUGGUGCUGGACGAGCCCGAGGAGGCGGGCCCGCCGCGGCAAGGGGGCGGCGCGGCCCCUGCGCCCGGCGCGGGGCCGGCCGCGCCCGCGGGCGUGGGAGCGGCGUGGCAGCGGGCGCAGGCGGCGCUGGGGGAGGAAGAGGAGCUGGCGAUCGUGGGCGUAGCCGGCGUGGAUGUGCGCUGCGACCUCCCGCACACGCGCGACCAGUGCGGGCACCACCCCUUUGUGAACGCGGGCGCCUCCAGCAACACGCGGCACUGUGGGCAGUGCUACUGCUUCGUGUGCGACACCAAGGCGGUGCUGUGCGGCUUCUGGGGCACCGGCGCCCGCGAGGCGGACCACUGCAACGCCCACCACACGGGGCCCUGGGACCUCCUGCGCGCCGCGCGCAAGCGCGGCGACGCCACGCGCCUCAGCUCCUGCUUUCUGGCGGGCCGCCUGCCGGCCGCGGAGGCGGUGGCGGACGUCAUCGGCGGUGGGGCAGGCGGCGGCGCGGCGGGCGGCGGCGUGGCGAGCGGCGGAGGCCUGGGUGGCCUGCCGGCCUCCAUCCAGGCGAUCCGCCAGGGCUCUGGGCCGCCCCCGCAGCCGCCGCCCCCGCCGCGGCCGCAGCAGCCGCAGCCUGUGCGGCCGCUAGCGCCGCAGCUAGCCGCCGCGUGGCCGUUUGGCCCGAGCAGGUACGCGCUUAAGCAGCAGCGCAUUCCAGAGAGCGUUGCUGCGGCACGGGAGCGCGCGGUGGCGGAGCAACGCGAAAUGCAGCAGCGGCACCAGCGCAUGGAGCAGGCGCAGCAGAAGCAGCUGCAGAAGCAGCAGCAGCGGCAGCAGCAGCAGCAGCAGCAGCAGCAGCAGCAGAAGCAGAACGCGGCCGGCGGUGGCGGCGGCGCCGCCGCGGGCGGCGACGGGACGGCGAGCAGGUUGCUGCACAGGAUGCCGGACCCCGCCGCCGACGAGGACCUGCUGCACGUUGGCCGGCUGCGGCUGCCCGUCAAGUGCGCCAAGAACACCACCAUCGCCGCGCUGCAGCAGCGCGUGACGCGCUUCGGCUACUACUACGACCACAUGCGCCCGCCCACCGUGGAGCAUUACGGCGACAGGCUCUGCAUGGACAACAUACUGAACACCAAGUAUGACGCCGGCAAGGUGUGA